UAAACGUCAAUGGCAAAUUAAACCAACAAUUUAUUUUGUUACUUAAAAGAGAACAACACCUCAGGAUGUUACACAGUCCAGACUUUAUAUCAUAGAGCAUCUAAAAUGGGUUUCGCCCACAGCUUCCUUGAGCCCUCCUGAAAAGAUUUGCUUCUUCAGAGAGCUUGCCGCUACAAGCGAAGAUUGUUUUCAAAACAUGUCUGUUUCUUUUCUUUCUUGGCUCUUCAAUUUCUUCUAGCGUCUCAGCCAUUUUUUAUUUUCUUUACACCAACAUUUUCAAAACCCCUUUGCAAGAAGAUCAUAAUUUUCAUCGUUUUCGUAUGGCCUUUCCUGAGCAUCUGACGGCUGACAUUCUCUCAAGACUACCCGUCAAAUCUCUGGUUCGGUUCAGCUCAGUACGCAAAGAAUGGCAAGCUCUGAUCAGAGACCCCCAUUUCAUUUCUCAGCACCUCAAUCUGAAUAUUGCAAAAGAAGACCAAAGUGGACGCCUUCUGGUAAAGUACCGUUGCAAUGUUACUCGUAAGAAUGUCAUUUCUCUGCUUUUACAUGGCACACAUGGUUACAUGUUAUCAAAAUUGGAGAUACCAUCAUCUGUAAUGGAUUCUCAUCACUUGAAACUUGUGGGGUCUUCUAAUGGCUUACUUUGUUUAGCUCAUGAUAAAUCUGCUCAUCUUUGGUCACCUAUGAUUUUGUUGUGGAACCCUGCUAUAAGGGAAUUUAGUGUCCUACCAGACUCAGUUAUUGAUUCUGUCAAUGAUGAUGAUAAUGUUCAGGUCCGUGGCGUUGCCCACGGAUUUGGGUACCACCCUCUUAUUGAUGACUAUAAGGUUGUGAGGAUUGUGUCUUUGUCUUGCUUUGGUAAUGCUUGGAUACGGGCGGAGGUGUAUUCGCAAAAAGUGGAUUGUUGGCAGGAGGUUAAUACUUUUCACUUUGAAAUUUAUGAACAUUCGUGCACGGCUCUGAAUGGUUUGCUUUAUUGGAUUGCAUAUGGCAGGGGGGAUCGUGAAUUGAUCGUAUCGUUUGACAUGUGUGAUGAUGUGUUUGGGGAAUUGCAGUUGCCAGAUUUAAGCUUUUUAGAAAUCCCGAUGUGCACAAAACUGGCGGAUUUAAAGCAAUCUCUUCAUUUGAUAGUGUAUACUUUUAGUGGGAGGCAAAGAGAGAUUUAUGCAUGGAAAAUGAUUGAGCAUGAUGCUGAGGUUUUGUGGAAAAGGGAAUGGACAAUUGGACCCCUGCUUGGAAUUGAGAGGCCACUGGGAUGCGGUUUAUAUGGUGAAAUUUAUAUGGAAAGUAGAAAAGGGGAGCUGGUUUUGUAUAAUCCAAGUAGUGAAGAAGCUAAACACAUUCCAAUUCGUGGCCUUCGCUGUUCCUUAGAAGUCCAUUUUUAUGUGGAGAGCCUAGUUUCAACUAAAGGACAACAUGAAGUCUUACAAGAGACUAACAAGAGGAUCAUGUAGUUCUGGUUCAGCUCUCUGUAUGGAGAAAUAUCAACAGAAGGGCAGCCUAGAAGAUUUCAAGUCUCAAAUUCCACAUUGUCUUCAUGUUCUAUGAUCUGUUAGGGUCAUGACAAC